AAAAUAUAGUGAUAGGAAUCAUGUCUACUCGUACUGUUUUUCUUCUUAUCUAUUUCAUUCGUAUUACUUUUGGACAAACAACGCAAAAUAUUAAUGUUUUAUUGAUCAACGAAGAAAGCAAUGCUUUAGCUGAAAAAGCUUUUGAAGUGGCGAAGGAAUAUGUGAGACGAAACCCUAGUUUGGGUCUUGCUGUGGACCCUGUGAUUGUUGUGGGGAACAGGACCGACGCAAAGGUUUUCUUGGAAAACGUUUGCAGAAAGUACAACGAUAUGCUCUCAGCAAAAAAGACUCCUCAUGUAGUACUCGACUUUACAAUGACAGGCGUGGGCUCUGAAACGAUUAAGUCGUUCACAGAAGCUUUGAGUUUGCCCACUAUAUCAGGGUCCUUUGGGCAAGUCGGCGACCUGCGGCAGUGGCGCUCCUUGAAUGCAAAUCAAACAAGAUUUCUUUUGCAAGUGAUGCCUCCAGCCGAUAUUCUACCAGAAGCUAUUAGAGCUAUCGUCACUAAACAAGACAUUACAAACGCUGCUAUUAUUUUUGAUGAAUUCUUUGUUAUGGACCACAAAUACAAAUCUCUGCUACAAAAUAUACCGACUCGACACGUGAUCACGCCUGUGAAGAGUUUUGAAGCAAACGAAAUUAAAACUCAACUUGAAAGUCUUCGGAAUUUAGACAUAGUGAAUUUUUUUAUAGUUGGAAGUUUAAGAACUAUAAAGAAUGUUUUAGAUGCUGCUGAUAAAAACCAGUAUUUUGGUAGAAAAACGGCAUGGUUUGCUUUAUCUUUGGAGAAGGGGGAUAUAAGCUGUGGUUGUAAAAAUGCAACGAUCGUACACAUACGGCCGACUCCAGACGCGAACAGCAGGGACCGAUUGGGAAAGAUUAAAACGACGUACAGCAUGAACGGCGAGCCAGAGAUCACAUCCGCCUUCUACUUCGACUUGUCUUUGAGAACGUUUUUAACGAUCAAAUCACUACUGGACUCUGGCAAGUGGCCAAACGACAUGAAAUAUAUUACAUGCGACGAUUACGACGGCAAGAAUACACCAAACAGGACCUUGGAUCUUAAAACGGCGUUCCAAGAGAUAAAAGAGACGCCUACGUAUGCUCCGUUUUAUAUUCCGCCAGAUGACCCCAUGAAUGGGAGAAGUUACAUGGAGUUUAGCACUGAUCUGCUCGCCAUCACGGUCAAAGACGGGGCGUCUAUAAGUAGCCACUCGUUAGGUUCCUGGAAAGCUGGCCUUUCUUCGAACCUAACCUUGACUGACCCCAAUAACAUGAGUAAUUACUCCGCGCAGCUAGUGUACAGAAUCGUCACUGUCGAGCAAAAGCCGUUUAUUAUAAGGGACGACCAAGCGCCCAAAGGUUUUAAAGGUUACUGUAUCGACCUCAUCGAAGAGAUUCGAGCAAUCGUUAAAUUCGAUUAUGAAAUAACUUUAGCGCCCGACGGCAACUUCGGGACAAUGGACGAAAAUGGAAAUUGGAACGGAAUUAUCAAAGAGCUCGUUGAUAAGAAAGCAGAUAUAGGGCUGUCGUCGCUGUCUGUCAUGGCUGAAAGGGAAAACGUCGUAGAUUUCACCGUGCCCUACUAUGAUCUAGUUGGGAUAACCAUAAUGAUGAAACUGCCAAGAACUCCGACAUCCCUAUUUAAAUUCCUAACUGUCCUGGAAAAUGACGUUUGGCUGUCGAUACUGGCUGCUUAUUUCUUUACCAGCCCCACACUAGUGCUGGCCCGGUCUGUCCGGGCCUCGUCUCUAGCACGGGGUAGUGAGGUGUUCGACUACCCCGUGCAUCCUCUUAGAGGCGCGCGUAGACACCGCGCGCGCCUUCGCCUCGGGUCCAUCGGAUAG